GGUCAAUAUUUGAUAGAGUUUCCACCAAUGGCCUGCAUUUUUAGAAGGCAGCCAAGAUGGAAGCGCGUCGUCUGCCGCUCGGCGCCGUAGCAAAGGACGAUGGCUCGGUCGUCGUGCCCGAGAGCCGACGCGCGGACGGCUCUGUGCGCAAGGAGAUCCGGAUCCGCAAGGGCUAUGUCCCUCAAGACGAGCAGCCUGUGUACCGACCGCGCGGUCGACGCGAGCCUAGCACGCGUGCUCCACCAGCCAGCGCCGUCUCCGACCUCACCGCGGGUAUUGGCAGCAUCUCGUUGGCGAACGAAGAGAAGGCGUCGCCAGAAGCCAAACGCGACGACGAAGAGGAGGAAAAGCCCGCGCCAACGUCGUUGCAGCAGCGUGCCCGGCAACUGCCGAUCGGCGCCGUCGAGACUGCAUCUGGCGACGUCAUCAUCCCAUCCAGCCAGCGGCCUGAUGGCACCUUUCGGAAAGAGAUCAAGGUGCGCAAGGGUUACGUGCCUCAAGACGAGCAGCCCAUGUACCGACCUCGCGCACUCCGCAACGCCGAGACAUCGCAGCCCAUGCGCACAACCGACACGCUUACGCACGACCAGACGCCACCAGCGCCCGCGGGAAGCAUGGGCACGCAAUCACCCUCAUCGAACCCACCUGCGUCGACACCCCCACCUCCAUCGUCGACGGUGCAUCCCAACAGGCGCCGGCACAUUGAACUCUAG